GUUUAAAGUAUCUUUUCAGUGGAGAUGGAGAGAUAAUCUGGUUAUGAGCAUAGCCAUGGUGGACAUCCAGAUACUAACUACAUUUUAGUUAUAGUAUUACUGGACAAAGACCAAUUUAGAAGGACAAAAUGAAUAAGAAAAGAUAUUUUCUGGACCCUCCAGAAGUCAAAGACUACCUGCUAAAAGGAGAAAGAUUCACCAAGUGGUCAGAGGACUCAACAAAGACAGUUCCAGUCACCAUGAAGAUGGAUGCAAAAGGUUUUUAUGUCUACUGGAUGAACCAAAGCAAGGAAACAACAUUCCUGGAUUUAGCAACCAUCAGAGAUACAAGAACAGGAAAAUAUGCUAAACUUCCCAAACAUCCAAAAGUCCGCAAUGUGUUCAACCUGGACUUCCCGGACAGCAACCAUCUUGCCAAAACCCUGACCAUCGUCUCAGGUCCAGACACAGUGAAUCUGACCUAUCACAACUUCUUUGCCUCCAAGGAGAAAAUAACUCAGAACUGGGCUAAUGACAUUCUUGCAAUUGCCUACAAUGCCGCAAGGAACAAUUCAUGCAGACAAGUCUUCCUGGACAAAAUAUAUGUUCGCAUUUCUCUUCAGACCAACAAGGAUGGCAAGAUCCCAGUGAAAAACAUUUACAAGAUGUUCCCUGCCGAUAAGAAGAAGGUUGAAAGCGCCUUAGCAGCAGCACACCUCCCCAAAGGAAAGUAUGACAGCAUGAAGCCUGAUGUGUUCACUGAGUCUGCCUUCAGGGUCUUCCUGACAAAUCUCUGCCCUCGGCCUGAGAUCUUGGAAAUCUUCACUUCUUACUCUAACAAACCCACAAUGACGAAGGACAAUUUCACCAAGUUCCUCAACGAGAAACAGAGGGACUCCCGGCUCAACGAGGAGUUGUUUCCACGUCUGCGGCAGGACCAGAUCAAAGCCCUGAUUGACAAAUAUGAGCCCUGCACCAGUAAUUCCAACAGAAGUCUGAUUUCUCCUGAGGGGCUUUUGUUCUACUUGAUGGGUCCAGAGACAUCCGUAGUUGUGCAGGACAAGCUGGCCAAAUGCCAGGACAUGACCCAGCCGCUAAACCACUACUUUAUUAAGUCUUCCCACAACACUUACCUAACAGCUGGACAGUUCUCUGGCGUGUCUUCCCCUGAGAUGUACCGUCAGUGCCUUCUGUCGGGCUGCCGAUGUCUGGAGCUGGACUGCUGGAAGGGGAAACCUCCAGAUGAAGAGCCCAUCAUUACCCACGGCUUCACCAUGACCACUGAGAUCCUCUACAAGGAUGUGAUAGAAGCCAUUGCAGAGAGUGCAUUCAAGACCUCAAAAUACCCCGUCAUCCUCUCAUUUGAGAACCACGUUGACUCGGUGAAACAGCAAGAGAAGAUGGCCAACUACUGUAAAACCAUAUUUGGCGAUGCCCUGUUGACAGAACCUCUGGAAAAAUACCCACUGAAGCCAGGCCAGCAGAUUCCCAGUCCCUCUGAGCUCAUGGGGAAGAUCCUCAUCAAGAACAAGAAGGGCAGCCAUGAUAAGCCAGCCGCGGCAAAGAAAAGCAGCCCUGCGGCCACAGAUCAAACAACAGCCGCAGCUGCAGCCCCCCAGGACCCGAACGCCCCAGCCCAGGAUGCACCUAAUCCAGCAGCUGCCACCCCAGAGAACCAAGUUGAGGGUGAGGCAGCUGUCGAGGACACUGAGGAGCAAGAGGAUACUGAAGAACAGGAUGAGGAGAAAAUGAAGACAUCGGAUGAAGGCACAGCUGGACAAGAAGUAACGGCGUACGAGGCCAUGUCGUCCAUCGUUAACUACAUCCAACCCAACAAAUUCAUCUCCUUUGACAAUGCCAAAAAGAAAAACAAGAGUUAUGCCAUAUCAUCGUUUGUGGAGACGAAAGGGGAGGCAAUGAUUGCCAAGACUGCCGUUGAGUUUGUUGAAUACAAUAAGAGGCAAAUGAGCAGGAUUUACCCCAAAGGAACAAGAAUGGACUCAUCCAACUACAGUCCGCAACCUUUUUGGAACGUUGGUUGCCAGAUGGUGGCGCUCAACUACCAGACGAUGGACUUCCCCAUGCAGCUGAACAUGGCUCUGUUUGAAUACAACGGCAGAACCGGCUACCUCCUCAAACACGAUGUUCUCCGUCGUAGUGACAAGAAGUUCGACCCUUUCUGUGACAGGAUUGACACAGUUGUGGCGAGCACACUGACCAUAAAGGCAAGUAUCUAUUCAGGACAGUUUCUGUCUGAUAAGAACGUGAAGACAGGCGUUGAGGUGGAGGUGAUUGGACUGCCAGGAGACCCCAAGAAGAAAUAUCGCACCAAGUGGACCACCACCCCUAAUGCCAUCAACCCCGUGUGGAAUGAGGAGCCUUUUGUUUUCGAGAAGAUCCUGCUCCCAGAAAUGGCCUCACUAAGAAUGGUAGUCCAUGAAGAGAACGGGAAAUUUUUGGGACACAGAAUCAUCCCUAUUGAUGCCAUUCAGUCAGGUUUCCAUCAUAUCUGCCUGCGUAGUGAGAGCAACAUGCCUCUUACUCUGCCAGCUCUGUUUGUGUAUAUCGAGGUCAAGGACUACAUCCCCGCUGCCUUUGCAGAUUUCACAGAUGCCUUAUUUAAUCCAACAAAGGGUUCUGAGAAGACCACAAAGACUCCGAAAGAGUCCUCUGCUGACUACAUUUCCCCCUACGAGUUGCCUCUUGUGGUCCAACCCCCCACUGACAAAGCCAAAGAACUUGAAGCCCUCCCUGAAGAAAAGACUGCUUCUGAAUCCACACCAGCUUCUGACACCGCUGACCAGUCCUCCCCGUCUCCCCCAGAAGGCAGUACAGAGGAAGCUAAAGAGGAGGCUGACGGUCCACAAACAGAGCCAUCUCCAAGUCAAGACGCAGCUCCGAUUGAAGAUGCAGGGCCCAAUGCUGCGAGCCUCACAUCUGAAAUCCCUCCUGAAGCUUCUCCCACCCCUGAAGAGCCGGUUGCUGAGAAGGAACCAGAACCAGAACCAGUUCCUGAAGCCAAGGUAGAGCCAAGCCCUGAACCCGAUCCAGAGAAUAAGGAGGCAUCAGAGGCAGGAAGCCCUGCAGCAGAGCCUGCAGGUCAGGAGGCUCCAGCUGCUAGUGAGGAGGCUCCAGAUUCAGAGCCUGCUGCUGAGAAGGUUCCUGUGGUUACUCCUGAGGCUUUGCCCUGUCCACCUACUGCAUCAGCCAAUUCUACAGAAGGUGACUCAUCUCAGACACUGAGCAGUGAAGAGCCUUCGACAGUCACCACUGAGCAACUGACACAGCACAAGAACUAUCUGAAGGUCAUCAAGCGUCAAGAGAAAGAGAUGAAAGAAGCUGAAAAGAAGUAUCAGAAAAAAGCAGAUGAUGUGAUUCAGAAAUACGCUGACUCCUUCAAGGCGAUCAAGAAAAAGGCUUCGCUGAAAAAAAAAGAGGCUGGGGGCAACACCACUGAGAGCAGUGUGAAGACAGAGCGAGUGCAGGAGCAGAAGGAGAAAAUGCAGGCUGAGCUGCAGGCUUUGUGGACAGAGCAGUGUGAUCAGAUGAAGAAGAAGCGAGAGCAGUGUGCCACAGAGAGACUUGCCAAACUGUUGGAGAUGGCCACCGAGAGACACACCGGUGAACUGAAGACCCUGGAGAGUGAGGCAAAAGAAAAGAAGAAAUCCCUUGCAAAAUGUUCAUCCGCAGAGAAGUCGAAGCUGAAGAAGGCACUGAGCACUGAGGUCCUGGAUGAGGCAAGUCAGUCUGACGGUGCAUCGUCGGAGUACAGCCCACAGCAAGAGGCUCUGAUGAAGAAACAAGCCGCUACACUGGAGGAAAUCAAGGCCCUGACUAACCAGCUCAAUCAAGAUGCCCUGAAGGAGCACGCACAGAAAGUCAGGUCUCUGCCAGCAGAAGUGAGGGAGGCUGUUAACGUCUGUGUGGGGGCGCACUUCCCUGAACUGGUCGAUCAGACUGCAGACAAGAAGGUUGGAGGCGUGGGCUUCUAUGGAGAUGUCUUCCUCGGUUAA